CUUUUGCCUGCUGUUUAUCUCCUAGCAAAAGGUAACUUCUGCUCUGAUAUUAUCCAAAGUGAAUCAAUAUGAUAUUUUCAAUCAUCAAGCGGUUUUGUAACUUUCUAUGGCAUUUUUUUUUUCUUUAAUUUCUGUUUGAUACUAAACAUUUUAUUUAUGCGUUCAUUAAUCAUCAUUGUUGAUCUUUUCCAAGUCAGGUCGUGUUUGAGAGGAUUAAGAACCUGUUAAGAUGGUGAAGUUCACAGUUGAUCAACUUCGGCGGAUUAUGGACCGCAAACACAACAUCAGGAACAUGUCUGUUAUUGCUCACGUAGAUCAUGGAAAAUCCACACUGACUGAUUCUCUUGUGGCUGCUGCUGGAAUCAUAGCACAAGAGGUUGCAGGAGAUGUGAGGAUGACAGAUACCCGUCAAGAUGAAGCUGAGAGAGGUAUCACUAUCAAGUCCACUGGUAUCUCUCUUUACUAUGAAAUGUCACAGGGUGAUUUGAAGAACUUCAAGGGAGAGCGUGAAGGGAAUGAGUUCCUUAUAAAUCUUAUUGACUCACCUGGGCAUGUGGACUUCUCAUCUGAGGUAACGGCUGCGCUUCGCAUCACCGAUGGAGCACUUGUGGUGGUGGAUUGUGUUGAUGGUGUAUGCGUACAGACAGAAACUGUGCUAAGACAAGCUCUUGGAGAAAGGGUUAAGCCUGUUUUGGCAGUUAACAAGGUGGAUAGAUGCUUCCUCGAGCUCAACCUUGAUCCAGAGGAGGCAUACCUUACAUUUCAGAGGGUUGUUGAGAGUGCAAAUGUUACCAUGGCAACAUAUGAAGAUUCUAUACUUGGUGAUAUUCAAGUAUACCCUGAGAAGGGAACAGUUGCUUUCUGUGCUGGUUUGCAUGGAUGGGGUUUUACCCUCACCAACUUUGCCAAGAUGUAUGCUUCAAAGUUUGGAAUUGACGAGGCAAAGAUGAUGAGUAGGCUUUGGGGUGCAAAUUUCUUUGAUUCUGCCACCAAAAAGUGGACCAACAAACACACCGGAACUGCUACCUGUAAGCGUGGCUUUUCAAUGUUAUGUUAUGAACCGAUCAAACAUAUUAUUGAGCUAUGCAUGAGCGACAAGAGGGAUGAGCUGUGGCCUAAGUUGCAAAAGCUUGGGGUAAACAUGAAGUCAGGGGAAAAAGAUUUGACAGAAAAGGCUUUGAUGAAACGUGUUAUGCAGAGUUGGCUCCCGGCAAGUAGCGCCCUUCUGGAGAUGAUGAUAUAUCACCUUCCUUCUCCUGCCAAUGCUCAGCAGUAUCGCGUUCAGAAUUUGUACAAUGGUCCCCUGGAUGAUCCUUAUGCUUCUGCUAUCAGAAACUGUGACCCUGAAGGACCUCUAAUGCUCUAUGUCUCAAAGAUGAUUCCUGCAUCUGAUAGGGGUAGGUUUUAUGCUUUUGGUCGAGUUUUCUCUGGCAGGGUUUCAACUGGUUUGAAAGUCAGAAUCAUGGGACCAAACUAUGUCCCUGGAGAUAAAAAGGACUUGUAUGUUAAAAGUGUUCAGCGAACUGUAAUUUGGAUGGGAAAGAAACAGGAAACUGUUGAGGAUGUGCCUUGUGGCAACACGGUAGCUAUGGUGGGUUUGGACCAAUUCAUAACCAAAAAUGCUACAUUGACCAAUGAGAAGGAAGUUGAUGCACAUCCCAUUCGGGCUAUGAAGUUUUCUGUGUCACCCGUGGUAAGUGUUGCUGUUACAUGCAGGGUUCCGUCAGAUCUUCCUAAGCUACAAGAAGGUCUAAAACGUUUAGCUAAGUCAGAUCCUAUGGUGGUGUGCACAAUGUCAGAGACAGGAGAGCAUAUAAUAUCAGCUGCUGGUGAGCUUCAUCUAGAAAUCUGCCUGAAGGACUUACAGGUCGAUUUUAUGAAUGGAGCAGAGGUUUCGAUAUCUGAUCCUACUGUCUCUUUUUGCGAGACUGUGUUUGAGAGAUCUUGCCGAACAGUGAUGAGCAAGUCACCAAACAAACACAACCGCCUAUACAUGGAAGCAAGGCCUAUGGAAGAUGGACUAGCAAAGGCUAUUGACGAUGAAAAGAUUGGACCGGGGGUUGACCCAAAAAAUAGGUCUAAAAUAUUGUCAGAAGAGUUUGGUUGGGACAAGGAUCUGGCCAAGAAAAUAUGGUGUUUUGGUCCUGAGGGUAAAGGACCCAACAUGGUGGUGGAUACAUGCAAGGGCGUACAGUACCUCAGUGAAAUCAAAGACUCAGUUGUUGCUGGGUUUGAGUUAGCAUCAAAAGCAGGUCCAAUGGCUGAUGAGAAAAUGCGAGGGGUCUGCUUUGAGAUUUGUGAUGUGGUUCUUCAUACUGAUGCUAUUCACAGAGGAGGCGGCCAGAUCAUUCCAACAGCUAGAAGGGUCUUCUAUGCAGCCACACUAACAGCAAAACCGAGACUUCUCGAGCCUGUGUAUCUGGUGGAGAUACAGGCACCUGAACAGGUCCUUGGCGGUAUAUACAGUGUUCUUAACCAAAAAAGAGGGCAUGUGUUUGAGGAAAUCCGGAGGCCAGGCACCCCACUUUACAAUGUCAAGGCAUAUUUGCCUGUUGUUGAGUCAUUUAAAUUCAACGAAUCACUAAGGGCUCAAACCGGGGGGCAGGCUUUCCCCCAGUUAGUAUUUGACCAUUGGGAUAUGGUGUCAUCUGAUCCACUAGAACCUGGCACUCCUGCUGCUGCUCGUGUUGCAGAGAUAAGAAGGAAGAAAGGCUUGAAGGAACAAAUCACACCUCUCUCCGAGUUCGAGGACAGACUUUGAUGUGUCAAUAAGUUCUCUUAGAUAGAAAUAUACAGUAUAAUUUCUUUUCCAUUUUCCUAGUUUCUGUUCAUAUUUCUCAAUCUUAAUGUUACAUGAUAUUUAUUGUAGUUUUUCAAUUUUAAUGUUGCAUGUUACAUUCCAAAUGGUCAUUCUUUAUCUCUUUCUUUAUUAUCAUAACUUCAUAUUUUAUGUUUCAA